AUGUUUAUUAUGUGAUUAUAAAGGGCAAUGUGUGUCAUGGUUUGACCGUGGAUACGUUGGGGUAAUUUGGGACAUAAAAUGGUUGAUUUAACAGAAAGUGUGGAUUGUGAAACACGUAAGAGCGUAGAAUGCGGAGGUGAAUGGCACUUCUUAAGCAGAGCUUAACGGACGCCUACUAAUCCAUCAUCAUUCUCGCUCUCUCUUUAUUUCUAUCAAACUAACCAAAACCAAACCAAAUCAAAUCUCUUCUCCAAACACAAAACAGAGAAACCAGAUAACAUUACACACACAGAGAGAGCACAAAAAUGUCUUGGCAAACAUACGUAGAUGACCAUUUGAUGUGUGACAUCGAUGGCCAGCACCUCACUGCUGCUGCAGUCAUUGGUCUUGAUGGUAGUGUUUGGGCCCAGAGCUCUUCCUUCCCUAAGUGCAAGCCUGAGGAAAUCACAAAUAUCAACAAAGAUUUCGAGCAGCCAGGUCACCUUGCCCCAAUUGGCUUAUUUCUGGGGGGCACAAAGUACAUGGUAAUCCAGGGAGAAGCUGGAGCUGUCAUUCGUGGAAAGAAGGGAUCUGGAGGUGUCACCAUAAAGAAGACAGCUCAAGCUCUGGUUUUUGGGAUCUAUGAAGAACCUGUGACUCCAGGGCAGUGCAACAUGAUUGUGGAAAGGUUGGGGGAUUACCUCAUUGAUCAGGGCCUGUAGACCUAGGUCUAUCAAUUAUUCUAGCAUUUCUUUUCAGAUUACAAAUUUUUUUUUCCAUUUUUGUGGACUUUGUGGUUCCAAGUUUGCAUCUUCUUCUUGAAUUGAGUGAGGAUGAUGCAGAUAAUAACCAUGUGAGGACUAAAUGGUUGUUUGUUGUUUGGUUGUUUUGUUUUGACUAAAUGUGAGAUUUUGGCUUAUUCCUUUAUGGG